CUAAAUGUGGUCAGAGAUUCGACCGUUAUGUUUGAAAUCUAAGAGUACUCAGUGUAAUGCUACAGUUUAGGAGUGUAAGAAGAAAAAAAGAAGAAGAAAAAAGUAAGGAAUGGGGAGAGCAACAGAAGAACCAAAAUUCGACUAUGAAGCUCUCAGAAAAGCUCGUAUGUUAGAGAAUCAGGCUAGGUUGAAGUCUCUGGGUGUUGGAAAAACAGUUUCUGAGCUUAGAAAACAGGUUAAGGAACAACGACCACCUCGUCGUAGCUACCAAAAGAAAGUCUACGGUCUCACCCCUUUGCGUCGUUCUCUUAGAAUCAGCAACAACCUUACGCCACCACAAUCUACUUCCACACCUCUUUCAACACCAAAACAAGAUAAGGUAACUUUGUCUGGGGAGAAAAAAGAGAAACAGAGACCUGCCAAUGCUCCUCUUGUGAACCUAAGCGAUGCUGAUCUUCUGCUUUCAUCAGAGAAUUCUGGUAGGCGGUGUAAUAGCAAAGGCAGAGGUAGUAUCUACAAUCCAGUUUUGGGAAUAUGCUGCCAUUUUUGCAGGCAAAAGAAAUUGUGUGGUGAAGAAGACUGCAAGAGAUGUGGCAACUUUGAUGUGAAUGAACCAUGCCUGGGAAAAACUGAUUGUUCUGUCUGUCACUCUAGCACGGGUGUUUUUUGUAGAGCCUGUCUCAAGGUUCGAUAUGGAGAAGAAAUUGAGGAAGUGAGAGAGAAGAAGGGAUGGAUGUGUCCACAUUGCAUAGAAGAACAAGGAACAAAGCCUUAUUGGAUAUGUAACAGUUCAAUAUGCCUGAGGAAGCGAAAGAUGCCUCCAACUGGAAUAGCAGUAUUUAAAGCUCGUGAAAUGGGAUAUAAAUCAGUGGCACAUCUACUAAUGGAAGAACUUAAACUUGGAAAAUGCAAGUGAUGAUUGUAUUGUAUUCAAGAGUUGGUUGAUCUUAAUUUAUUAAUAUUCAAGCCUAAGGUUAGACUUCAAUUGUCACUUUUGUAACAUUCUCUAGUGUAACUCUAUACCCGUAGUGUCUUCUGCAACCUGAUAAAAAAAAUCCGAAAUUUAUAUUUCAUUCAUUUA